UCUCAGGGACUGGAGCACAGUUGGAUCAUGCUCAGGAGGUGACACGAGCAGCCCAAGUAAAACCGUCUCUCUCUCAGCCUGCUCCGUCCACUCCUCUCCCUCUAUCCAGCCCAGCCUCUCUUCAGCCUCAGAGCCAUGGAGUCUUCCCAUGAGGUCCCCUUCAUGGAUGGUCUCACUAUGAAGGAGAUAGCCCCAGCCUCGGCCCCAGAUGCCAACGUCUACACCAAGUUCAUGAGGGACCACUGCUGCUACGACGCCAUUCCAACCAGCUCCAAACUCGUCGUCUUCGACACCACCUUGCAGGUAAAAAAAGCUUUCUUUGCUCUGGUGGCGAACGGUGUUCGGGCGGCGCCUCUGUGGGAUAACAAGCUGCAGUGUUUUGUAGGUAUGCUGACCAUCACAGACUUUAUCAACAUUCUCCACCGGUAUUGGCAGUCUCCUCUGGUAGAGAUCUACUAUAACUGUAGAGAGGAAUUGCUGAAGUACUCCAACCAUACUCUGAUCAGUAUCACACCUGACUCCAGCCUUUUUGAUGCCAUCUAUUCUCUGCUGAAGUAUAAGAUCCAUCGGCUGCCUGUGAUCGACCCAGAGUCUGGCAACGUCCUGCACAUCCUCACCCACAAACGCAUCCUCAAGUUCCUGCAUAUCUUUGGCACCAUGAUCCCGAAGCCUCGGUACCUCCAGAAGAGGAUUGAGGAGGUGGACAUUGGAACAUUUAAACAGAUUGCUACUGUCCGGGAGACAGACACGGUGUACGACGCCCUGGCCAUCUUCGUACAGCGGAGGGUUUCCGCUCUGCCAGUGGUCAAUGAGGAGGGGAAAAUCAAGGCCCUGUACUCCAGGUUUGAUGUGAUUAAUCUGGCCGCUCAGAAGAACUACAAUAACCUGAACAUGACCAUGCAGGAGGCGAUCAGUAGCAGGGCCUGCUGUGUGGACGGGGUGCUGAAGUGUUACCCUCACGAGACUCUGGAGACGAUCAUCGAUCGUAUUGCUAAGGCAGAGGUCCACCGUCUUGUGCUGGUAGAUAAAGAUGACGUGGUGGGGGGAAUCGUCUCGCUCUCUGACCUCCUCCAGGCCCUGGUCUUGACCCCGGCAGAGAUUUCACGAAGAGCUCAAACUCUGACCACUGAAGACAAAUUGGGACACUAAUAAUGAAUGAAGACAGAAACUCUGUAAAUAUUUUUUUGAUUGUGCUCGAUAACUUUAAAAUGCUUUUUAAAAUGUUUAUUAUUUUCUGCAGGAUAACACCAAUACAUUCAUAUUUUUAUAUUCAUACUUGUGUUUGUUUAGUACUUGUUUGUAUACAUUUUUUUUUAAAAUAAUGUACAUUUUUAUAA